CUCCUAUUUUACGACUCUAUGGUCAACAAUCUCUACUUUUAUUUUUUUAAUGUUAAGUUCUUUCUCUUCUCGUUCCUUUCACACUUUUCUCUUUAUAAUUCAUCCUCAAAACAAAAUUUUCAUUAGUACUUUAGAUCGAUUUCCCUCACUCUAAAUCGAUCUCAAACAACUACUACUUCUAAACACAAAAUAAGCUACACAUAUAUGGAGGUAGCGAUACCAACACAAGCCAUGGAUUUCGACUUCAACAAUAGUAUGAGCGCAAUGAGUUCGCCAUACUCAACUGCUCCUCCCUCGCCGAAGCGUUUCGGUGAGUACUACUUCAGCGCGCCGACAAGCCCGUCUCGUGUGUCCGAUUUUUAUCGAGACUUCGAGGAAUUCUCCGCGGCAGAAUGUGGCAAUAACAAUGGUGGAUAUGGCAGUCGGUCUCCGCCUAAGGUUCCUUUUCAGUGGGAAGAAAAUCCAGGCACGCCUAAAAAGCGUUGUGUACUUGAGGAAGAUGGGGAUUUCGCUUUUGAUUUCAGUGAAGACUUGGAAAGAACUUCUCUCUCGGCUGAUGAGCUAUUCGAUGGUGGUAAAAUCAAGCCUUUGAAAACCCCACCUCGCCUUCAAUUUGUCGAGAAAGUUAACCAACAAGGCUCUUCUUCUUCAUCAUCAUCAAUUGGUCAAGAUUCAACUAAUAAGAAGAAAACGGCAAACGAAAGAGGAAGAGAAAGAAAUACUAGUAGUUCUAUGGGAGAUUUGUCGUCUUAUUUGAGAUCGGCUCGAAGAGCUACGAGAUCGCUAUCCCCUUUGAGGGUGUCUCAGUCUACUUGGGAAGAAGAAGAUCAACGACAACCAAUGGAUAAAAACGACAACAACAACAAGGAGAGGUUAUCUUUGGUAUCGAAACCUUCAAGUUCUUCUACUACUACUGAUAAUGUGCCGAAGGUAUCUUCUUCUUCUUCUUCGAAGAAAUGGAGAUUAAGGGAUUUUCUUUUGUUUCGAAGCGCAUCAGAAGGGAGAGCUAGUGAAAAAGAUCCGUUGAAAAAGUACUACAUGAAAAAACAGGAAGAUCUUAAGAACGCUAGCCGUAGGUCUACGGACAGCAUUGGUAGUUCAGCCAGGAGAAAAGGACCGGUUUCGGCUCAUGAGCUUCAUUAUACAGUCAACAAAGCUGUGUCCGAGGAUUUGAAGAAGAAGACCUUUCUGCCCUACAAGCAAGGUAUCUUGGGCAGAUUAGCCUUCAAUCCAGCACUUCAUGCUCUCGCCAAUGGCUUUGGUUCUCUCACACGUGCAUGAGAUAUCAUAUAUAUUCAUAUUCAUUAUAAUGAUUUUGAUGGAGAAAAUAAGAAGAAGACGAGUAAAUAGACAUAUAUCUCUUAUUGUGUUUCGCUGUAAAGUUAUAUUAUUACUAUGUGUAAGUUUUUCUCCCUCUUUUUUUUUAUUUUAACAAAAGAAAAUAGUACAUCUAGCAAUUAGUAUUUACGAAGUAAAGAAUCCGAAGAGGUGUGCGCUUGAUGAUGCUGUCUGUGUCAUUUGGGGAAAAAAGUACACUCAAAUCAAGUAUAUAUCUUGUUUGAUGCUUCUUCGAAAACUGAAAGCAUAAUUCUUUA